UUUUUUUUAAAAAAAAACACACACACCCGACACACAACAACCAGUGAGAGAGAGAGAGAGAGAGUGAGUGAGUGAGAGAGAGAGAGAGAGAGAGAGGGGGAGGGAAAGAAUAUUAGAAAAAAAAGAUGUCCACCCCGGCCAGAAGGCGCCUGAUGAGGGAUUUUAAACGGCUGCAGGAGGACCCUCCCGCCGGGGUGAGCGGAGCGCCCUCGGAAAACAACAUCAUGGUGUGGAAUGCGGUCAUUUUCGGGCCAGAAGGAACCCCUUUUGAGGAUGGUACUUUCAAACUCACAAUAGAAUUCACAGAAGAAUAUCCAAACAAGCCACCCACAGUUAGAUUUGUUUCAAAAAUGUUUCACCCAAAUGUCUACGCAGACGGCAGUAUAUGUCUGGAUAUACUGCAGAAUCGUUGGAGUCCAACUUAUGAUGUGUCUUCAAUCUUAACAUCUAUACAGUCAUUACUGGAUGAACCAAAUCCAAAUAGUCCAGCCAAUAGUCAGGCUGCACAGCUCUACCAGGAGAACAAACGGGAGUAUGAGAAGCGGGUAUCUGCAAUAGUGGAACAGAGCUGGCGGGACUGUUGACCCUGCCUAGUGCCUACGAACACUGUCAGGUCAUGAGAACCAUGAAGCGUCUCGAGUCCUUCUCGUUCUAGCAUCAUCACAUUACAUACUUUGUUUCAAGCUAAGCUGCUACAGUGCUGCCACCCACUGAAGCCUUUUUCCCCUGGACGUUGUCAAAAAAAAAUACCCACAUGUUGAUGUGCUUGUACUGUACCUGGGGUACUUGCCAAGUAAAUUUUCAAUUUCACUCGAUUCUGGUCAUCCUCCUUUGCUGGUGGUGUUUAAUAGCCCAUCUUGGCUAGUGUCUGGCUGAGGUACACUGUAGUAUAUACAGUGACAUUUGCGUAGUUUAGGUACAGACCAGUGAAAAGGAUUUUUCUAGGUUUGGAGACACUGCUGUAGCACUGAUCUGCUUAGCCACACCUGUCAAGUGGGUUAGUUACUUCUGUUUGUACAACAGACGUGCAUUUCUCCUCUGAAGCAGGCACUGUAGUUCUUGAUAUUAAAAAAAAAUCUUUUUGCAGAAGGUGCUAGUCUAUUUUUAGAAAAAAUUUUAAGUCUGGGGUACUGGCUUUUGGCUGGGUGGUCACUCUGGUGACAGUGUUUCUAGUUCUCUGUAGUUGUUCUUGUGAGCGUGCGUGUAUGAGUUUUUGCUACAUGCUUUGUUUUUUUUUCCUCCCCCGCCCCCAAUUAAAAUGAAGUGCUUUCAUUUUCUUAUCAAGUACAGCCACCAAUACUCUCACUUAGUCAAGUUAGACCAAACUUGUAUAUUCAGAUGCCUAUUGCAGUGAUGUGGAGAGAUCCUGUACCUUGUAUUGUCUGAUGUCCUGAAGUACCCUUUUCUGCACAUUAGUCUUUUGAAGUGACAGUAUAACUUUGCACUAUAGUAACCCAUGUAAGAAACUGUACAUUUUCUCACUACUUGUAAAUAAAACUGCAACCUUACUGGCA